UUUCAGUUUUUCCAAAAAGAGGCCACGAGAAAGUGAUAUGCUCAAUCGUCUCGAAUAGGUUUCGCAAAUAAUGAGCCCGCCGAUCAAAAAGCAAUGCUCCGGAUGAUAUCGUUUCUACUAUUAUUCUACCUUCAUCCACCAAUUAUACAGGCCUACAGUACCACUUUUUCUCGCCUCGAACCGAUUUCUACUCGUCUGAUUCUAGGCUCUUCUUCAUCGUCGACGGCCGACAAUCAACGUUGCUACAGUUGUAUGUCAAAGUAUUACGGUGCCUUGUGGCGUUUUGCUGGCUAUACGAGAAUCUAUCAGGAGCCUGGAUUAUUUACGGAUUCAUGCAGAGAUCCGCAAGCUCGUGGAUCCGAUGUUCCGUCUACUAUAUGCAAGGAAAAAACGAAUUGCGUGACAAUGGUAGAAGACUUGAAGAUUGGAACCGGUGCGAAAGGAUAUAUUCGGGGAUGUUGGGGAUCUGUUUUUCUAUUUGGUUUUAACAGAACUGGUACGGUAGGUGCAUUGGCGGAGCAUUCAUUCUGUCAUACAUUCAAUUUGACACAGCUUGUUAGCGGUGGACGACCGGAAGAGUCAUCUAUCAAUGUCUGCUCCUGUCGUGGACCACUUUGCAACGGUUCAACAAUCAACACUUCGUCCACGCGGACUACAAUUCUUCCAAUUCUACUUGCCACUCUCAUUGUGAUAUUUAUGUCACUAAUUUUCUGAAUCAAUAGUCUUUUUUUUUUAAUUUUCACUGAAAGACCAUAAGCACACUUUGACAUGAAACCCGGUAUUUUGUCUUUCUUGAUAUUUUCAUUAAUUGUCCAUUUUGGAGAAAUCUUAUAAAUUUAUGAAAAUUGGUGACU